ACUUGUACUUUGUGUGUAGCCUUGGAGUAUGAACCUUUGGGUGUGCAACUGUGCAUGACUUCCCAAUGAAGUUGUUUCCUCUUGACGUCAGUCUGAAUUCUUGAAGAAUUCUACUAGUCUGCUCCAAAUCAAACGCCUUGUCAAAUAAUUCGUGCUUUUAAUAUAAUGGGAAGUGGUGAUUGAAGCUAAAAGAUCACUACUCACUAUCAUUAUCUAGUUUCUGCUUUUAAUCUUUUAUCAAGAAGAACACAUCAGUAAGUCAUUUGGGUUCUGUUCCUUUUCCAUUUUCCAUUAAAAAGCCCAAAUUUUGAUACCCAUUUCUCUGUUUGAGGUAUUCUGACAGAAGGUACAAUAUUGCUGUUGGCAUUGACUUAAUGAUGGGUACGGUUAAAAAGGAUAAUUGGGAUGACGAGUACUCUAUUAUUGGUGACAAGGGUGAGAUUGGUUUCAUUGAUUUUGAGGAUGAUAAAUCCAUUUGUAAUUAUGAUCCUGAUGAAGAAGGGUCAGUUGUUAUAUCUGUCCCAUUUCCUUUUGUAAGAGGGAAGCCUCAAUCUAUUAUUGUAGGUGAAACUUCAAAGUAUUCAAUUACCAUAGCAAACACUGCUAGUGACCCUGUGGAGCUUUGGGGUGUUAGGAUUUUUUGCUCAAAUCCUGCAGAUUCAUUUACUUUAUCUCUUUUAGAACCUCCAUCAGCCAAUUCAAAGGUGGAAAAUGUCCGUGGCUUCUUGGAGUCAUAUUCUAUUGAGGAUAGAGUACUUCAGCCACACCAAACACUAACUAUUUGGUUAUCUUGUAAACCAAAGGAAAUGGGAUUGUACACCUCCGUGUUGCAUUUUGAUGUAGGUGAUGAUAGGAUCGAACGUGUUGUUUUUCUGUUGGCUGAAGAUAAAGUCUCUCAGUCUCUGGCUUCUAACAGGCCUUAUUCAAGAACUCCAAGAAGAAAACAGUUUGUCAUGGACGAAUAUGCAUUUUCAUCACGCCCUGCAAAGUCUCAUCCUGUCAAGGCAAUGGUCCGAGGAAUUAAAUUUAAGCUUCCUGAAUUUCCAAUCCCAAGGGAUGCAAGAGAGUUGCUGGAGAAUAAGCGAGUUCCUGAUGUUCUUAUGGAAGGUUUGAAUAGGAAGAACUAUGCUUCUUUUUUCAGUGCAUUGCUCAUAAUGGAAGAACUACAUUUGGAGAAAGAAAUGAGGUGUCAUGACAUGGAGUUUAUCGGCAUGAGAAGGAAAGGGGCUCAACUUCUGGCUUUGGAGGUCCCGGGGCUUGCUGAGAGAAGGCCUUCACUUGUACAUGGUGAUUAUGUUUUCGUGAAGCUUGCAUCCAGCACAACUGCCAACACUGUUCAUAAGGGAUGCAUUUAUCGUGUUGAAGCUGAUGAAGUGCUUCUGAGAUUUACCAAGGAUCUUCAUGCAUGUCACCAGAAUGGGAAUUUGUAUAAUGUUCGGUUUGCAUAUAAUAGGGUGAAUAUAAGGAGGUUGUAUCAAGCAGUUGAAGCAGCAGAGAACUUAGAGCCUGAUCUUCUCUUUCCGUCUCAAUCUACCAGGAGGAGAUUGAUUACAACAGCAAGAUUUGUGCCUUUUACUAGCAGUCUGAAUGCAGAGCAAAUGCAUUCUGUGCAAAUGAUCCUGGGUUGUGAAGGUGCUCCUCCCUACGUAAUCUAUGGGCCUCCGGGUACUGGAAAAACCAUGACACUGGUGGAAGCGGUAUUACAAGUAUAUGCAACAAGAAAGGAUGGUAGAAUUCUUGUGUGUGCUGCUUCAAACAGUGCAGCAGAUCACAUACUAGAAAAAGUCAUCAGUCAUGAGGUUGCUAAAGUUAAAGAGAAUGAACUUUUUCGGUUAAAUGCCUCUAGUCGACCUUAUGAAGAUCUUCAGCCUGAUCAUAUUCGCUUUUGCUAUUCUGUUGAUUCAAUUUUCAAAUGCCCUCCACUUGAUGCCUUGAUCAAAUAUAGGAUCGUGAUUUCUACAUAUACGUGUUCAUUGCUACUGCAUGCAGAAGGUAUUGGUCGUGGUCAUUUCUCUCAUAUUUUCUUGGAUGAGUCUGGCCAAGCUUCAGAGCCAGAAAGCAUGGUUCCUAUAUCUAGCUUUUGCCAAAGGAAUACUGUUGUUGUUCUGGCAGGUGAUCCAAAGCAACUUGGUCCUGUUGUGUAUUCCAAAGAUGCUGAGGCAUUUGGAUUAGGAAAAUCUUAUCUCCAAAGGUUGUUUGAAUGUGAAUUUUACCAAAAUGAAGAUGAAGGUUUUGUAACAAAAUUAGUGAGGAAUUAUCGAUGCCACCCAACAAUUCUGCACCUCCCAUCUAAGCUAUUCUACAAGGGGGAGUUACUUGCAUGUAAAGAAGACACUUCUUCCUCCUUAAGUUCUGACAUGGCUCUUCUUCCUAGCAAAGAAUUUCCUGUUCUAUUUGUUGGCAUUCAAGGCUGUGAUGAGAGGGAAGGCAAUAAUCCAUCAUGGUUUAACCGAAUUGAGGCAAGCAAGGUUGUUGAAAUUAUAAGGAAGCUGAGAGAAAGUACAGAUAUAAAUGAGACUGAUAUUGGGGUAAUAACACCUUAUCGACAACAAGUCCAGAAGAUCAAAAAGGCACUUGAAACUUGGGAAAUGUUGGAUGUGAAGGUUGGGAGCGUCGAACAAUUUCAAGGACAAGAGAGAGAGGUCAUUAUUGUAUCUUGUGUGAGGUCAACCGUCAAGCACAAUAACUUUGACAGAACUUAUUGUCUGGGUUUCCUCAGCAACCCAAAGAGAUUUAAUGUUUCAAUUACCCGAGCUAGAUCUUUGCUUAUCAUUGUUGGCAAUCCACACAUUAUCAAUAAGGAUCCGUACUGGGAAGAGCUUUUGUGGUAUUGUGUGGAUAACAACUCCUACAAAGGCUGCCCUCUCCCUGAAAGGCCUAUUCCAGGGAGAGGCUUGAAUUGUGAAACAGGGGAUUCUUAUGUCUCAACAUCCCGAAGUAGGGACAUCGUUCCAGAAACUCUGCGGGCUGUCACCAAUGAAGCCGAAUGUUUAGAUGGUUGGAAGUAAUUUCCUCACUUUAUCAGGAUUUCUGCUUUUUUGGUUUGUAGGAAUUGGGACAAUAUUUUAGGUUGCUUUGUUUCUCUGUUAGAACUGCAUGAAAUCCCACAUCGGAUAAAUAAAUUUGAUUGGCAUAUGGUCGGAUCUAUAAGUAGAAGUUGGAACUCACAAUGAAACAUACUUACCUGGACGGGGUCAAUGGGUGAUCAAGAAGGCUCAUGGCCUAGGUCAGUGACUUCCAUUGCACUUGGGAGGGGUGCUGUCCUAAGGUCUCCCCAAGUGGGAGAGCCUACGUCAUAAUUUGUGGCAGUGGGGGCCUGCGUUCGCGCGGCCCCUUCCAA